UCUCGUUACGCUCGUUCCCGCUUUAGCCCUGUUCUCCCCCCGCCCCCCUUCUCUUUGUCUCUCUCUCUCUGUAUCUCGAAAACAGUCUUUCUCUCUCUACGUCGAAAUGGAUGAAGAGUACGAUGCGAUAGUCCUGGGCACCGGUCUCAAGGAAUGUAUUCUCAGCGGUCUUCUCUCUGUCGAUGGACUCAAAGUAUUGCAUAUGGACAGAAAUGACUAUUAUGGAGGAGAAUCAACAUCCCUUCAUCUUACUCAGCUUUGGAAGCAUUUCAGGGGGGGUGAGAUACCUCCAGAAAGUUUAGGUUCAAGCAGGGACUACAAUGUUGAUAUGAUACCCAAGUUCAUGAUGGCAAAUGGAGGUUUGGUACGUGUCCUCAUCCACACUAAUGUGACUAAGUACCUAAACUUCAAAGCUGUAGAUGGUAGUUUUGUGUACAAGAAAGGGAAGAUUUACAAAGUUCCAGCAACUGACGUUGAGGCACUGAAAUCCACACUGAUGGGACUAUUUGAAAAGCGCCGUGCUCGAAGGUUCUUUAUUUAUGUACAAGACUAUGAGGAGAAUGAUCCCAAAUCUCACGAAGGGCUGGAUUUGAACAAAGUUACAGCUAGAGAUCUUAUCUCAAAAUAUGGGCUUGAAGAUGAUACCAUCGACUUCCUUGGUCAUGCCUUGGCACUACAUAUUGAUGAUAGCUAUUUGGACCAGCCUGCUAUGGAUUUUGUGAAGAGAGUGAAGCUCUAUUCAGAGUCUCUGGCACGCUUUCAAGGUGGAUCUCCUUAUAUCUAUCCGCUGUAUGGCUUGGGAGAACUGCCUCAGGCAUUUGCUCGUUUAAGUGCAGUUUAUGGUGGUACUUACAUGCUCAACAAGCCAGAAUGCAAGGUUGAGUUUGAUGCCGAUGGAAAAGCUGUUGGAGUGACCUCUGAAGGAGAAACUGCUAAAUGCAAGAAAGUUGUUUGUGAUCCAUCAUAUUUACCAGAUAAGGUUCAGAAGGUUGGUAAAGUUGCUCGUGCUGUAUGCAUAAUGAGCCAUCCAAUCCCAGACACCAAGGACUCUCACUCAGUCCAGGUCAUUCUGCCACAGAAGCAACUUGGCCGUAAAUCAGGUAUGUAUCUGUUCUCUUGCUCCUAUACCCACAACGUGGCUUCAAAAGGGAAAUACAUUGCUUUUGUUACCACAGAAGCAGAGACUGACAACCCUGAGGUGGAAUUGAAGCCUGGCAUAGACCUACUUGGACCUGUAGACGAGAUAUUCUUUGAAACUUAUGACAGAUUUGUACCUACAAACAACCAUGAUGUUGACAAUUGCUUUACAUCUAUGAGUUAUGACGCAACGACACACUUUGAGACCACAGUACAGGAUGUUAUUGCCAUGUACAACAAGAUAACUGGAAAGCUCUUGCUUCUUGAAUCUGCCAUUGCUAAGGCUCUAAGUUCUGCAACCGUCUUCGUUCGUCUUUCUGGUGAAGCUUUUACCACUCUGGUAUUUCAAUGUUCGCAAGCCACCAAAGGAUUUUCGCCAGUCCUACUUUCCAGGCAAAGACUUAAAGAAGCUCCUAGGUCUGCCAAUCCAAAAGCGCAAGGCUUCACUGGUACUGAAUUUUAUCCCGACGUACAAGUCUACACUGCCUGA